AUGUCAUUAAGUGAAACAAAUUUAAAAUUACCUGAAGAAUUUACUAGUUUGGAAAGGAUUUGUUUGACUGCAAAUGGAAACUUGCAGAGAAUCUUGAGUUCAUGGUUUAAUAAAACCAUUGAAAUUAAAAUAAUUAAAAGCAUGCUGGUUUCAUCACAUAAAUCAAAUAAUUUAGUUUAUGGAUCAACAAUACUUCGUAAAUAUGAUAGAGAAGUUAAUUUAAUGUGUGAUGGUGUAAUUCUAUGUAAUGCUAAAAGUAAUAUAAUUCUAAAUGAUGAAGAAAUUAUUGAUUUAAUUGAAAAUCAAGGAGUUGGAAUUGGACAAUUAUUCAGAUAUUUAGAUAAAUUACCAUCCUUCAAACUGCAUUCGAUUGGUCGUACAUUAAAUACUUGGUGGAGGGAAUACACAUUAAAAAUAUCAGGUGUUGAGUGUAAUAUCAAAGAAGUAUUUCCUAAUAAUAUAUUUGAAAAUGACUGGCUAUUAAAUAAUAAUUAUAAAGUAGUUGAAGAUGAACAAGAUAUUAAAAUUUGGAAUUUCAUCUAA